AUGAGUACCACGAACUAUUACCCUCAUCCGAAUACCAAUGCGGACAUAUAUAGAAACAUGACAGCCGCUGAUAGGCCACCUGUUCUCGGUAAACACUUACAGUUUGUGGCAGUCAAUGAUGACAAAACUAUCGUGGGAGCAAGCAGCUUGACAGAUCGCUACUGGUCCGGAACUGUGUGGUAUUUCAACGGAGCCACGAGCUUGGACAGAAAAAAUGCUUACGCGGUCACGAGGACUGAGAGUACUAUUUGUGACGCAGCUUUUUUAGAUGAUAAAAAAUUUCUAGUCGCCGAAGACAGCGGGGUCAUCCAGGUACUUGAGGUUAUUAAGGCUUCUGAGACUUUGACUCCGGGGAUUCAGUGUACUGGCUAUGUGUGUCAGCAUGAUGACAGUAUUACUUCGUUGGCUGUCUUUGAUAACAAAACUCAUUUUGUUACUAGCUCAAUGGACUGCUGUAUAAAAGUGUGGCAAAUAUCUGAUUUAUAUGCCGAGUAUACAUAUUUAAAUGCUCAUGACAGUACGAUAACUUGCGUUGAUGUAAUGCCGAAGAAUGACUGGAUAUGUGGAUCAACUUCACUAGAUUGCGAAGCUAUUCUCUGGGAUUUAAGACAGCCCAAACCUUCAUCAUGUUUACAUAAAAAAGAAGGAAACGGUUUGACAUCAUUAGCUUGGGACAAAACAAACGAAAAUAAUGUAGCAAUAGGCUCACAAAGUGGAAGCGUCUCUUUAAUUGACAUUCGUUCACCAGAUAAUGUCAUCUGCGAGAUAGCUGUAUUUCCUCGACAAGUCCACAGACUCAGAUAUCAUCCUGAAAAAAAUAAUUGGCUUGCUGGCUGCUGUGAUGAUACGGCGGUAAAAGUGCUGGACCCAACCCAACACUUGAGCUUAAUUUACCAAGACUUCCGUCACAAAGAUUUCGUUCGUGGUCUCGCUUGGCGUAAAGAUGAAUUAUUAACUUGCUCAUGGGAUGACACAAUAUUAAAUCAUGAAAUUUCGUCUCUCGAUCAGUAA